AUGACAGAAAGAAAAGUUGCAGCUACAAAAGAACAAUCACAAAUUUUGAUUGCAGAGAAGCUUGUCCACAUGAUGGCGCAGGCUGCAUGGCAUCCUCGCCCUUCACUACGCCUACUGCUACUUCUCAUCAAUGCGUGCGCCGUCCUCAACAGUCCGGUGGCCGCGCGAGCCGAGCGGACGGGGUACAUUGUCCACAUGGACAAGUCCGCCAUGCCGCGACACCACUCCGAUCACCGCGACUGGUACGCCGCCACCGUCGCGUCUGUGACGGACGCGUCAGCGGGCGUCCGAACUAAGCCGCAGCUCCUAUACACUUACGACGAGGCGCUUCACGGCUUCGCGGCGACACUCUCUGCCUCCGAGCUCCGCGCCCUCCGCGGCCAGCCGGGCUUCGUCUCAGUCUACCCGGACCGCCGAGCGACGACGCUGCACGACACCACGCACUCCAUGGAGUUCCUCAACCUCAACUCCGCCAGCGGGCUGUGGCCGGCAUCCAAGUUCGGCGAGGGCGUCAUCAUCGGCAUGAUCGACACCGGGUUGUGGCCCGAGAGCGCGAGCUUCAACGACGCCGGCAUGCCCCCGGUCCCGUCCCGGUGGCGCGGCACGUGCGAGCCGGGCGUUCAGUUCACGCCCUCCAUGUGCAACCGGAAGCUCGUCGGAGCGCGCUACUUCAACAGGGGCCUUGUCGCCGCGAACCCGGGCGUAAAGAUCUCCAUGAACUCGACGCGCGACACGGAGGGGCACGGCACGCACACGUCGUCGACCGCGGGAGGCAGCCCCGUGCGGUGCGCGUCCUACUUCGGGUACGGGAGGGGCACGGCGCGCGGCGUUGCCCCGCGCGCGCACGUCGCCAUGUACAAGGUCAUCUGGCCCGAGGGGCGGUACGCGUCCGACGUGCUGGCAGGCAUGGACGCGGCCAUCGCGGACGGCGUCGACGUCAUCUCCAUCUCGAGCGGCUUCGACGGCGUGCCGCUGUACGAGGACCCCGUAGCGAUCGCCGCGUUCGCGGCCAUGGAGCGCGUCGCUGCCGGCACGGUGGACCGGCAGAUGUUCGUCGGCACGUUGUAUUACGACGACGCCAUGAGAGGGACCAUCCGCGGCAUCACUACGUACCCAGAGAACGCUUGGGUCGUGGACACGAGGCUGGUCUACGACGAUGUCCUAUCGGCUUGCGACUCAACAGCGGCGUUGGCCAAUUCAACGACCGCUCUUGUCGUGUGCCGUGAUACGGGGAGUCUGACCGAACAGCUGAACGUCGUCGCCGAGGCCGGUGUCUCCGGGGCCAUCUUCAUCUCGGCGGACGGAGCAGAUUUCGAUGAUUCCAUGCCCCUCCCCGGUAUUAUUAUCAGCCCGGAGGACGCACCACGGCUGCUGAGCUACAUCAACUCCAGCACGGUGCCAACGGGCGCCAUGAAGUUCCAGCAGACGAUCCUCGGCACGCGACCGGCGCCGGUGGUCACGCACUACUCUUCGCGGGGCCCGUCGCCGAGCUACGCCGGCGUGCUCAAGCCCGAUAUCCUAGCGCCAGGGGACAACAUCCUUGCGUCGGUGCCGCCCACAAUUCCAACCGCGAUGAUAGGCCAAACACGACUGGCCAGCGACUUCCUGGUCCAGUCCGGGACGUCGAUGGCUUGCCCGCACGCCAGCGGCGUCGCGGCCCUGCUGCGCGCGGUGCACCCGAGCUGGAGCCCGGCCAUGAUCAAGUCGGCGAUGAUGACCACGGCGACCACCGCCGACAACACGGGCAACCCGAUCACGGCUGACGUCGUCGGUAACACCACCGUCGCGAGCCCGCUGGCCAUGGGUUCGGGCCAAGUCGACCCCAACGCCGCGAUGGACCCUGGACUGGUGUUCGACGCCGGGCCGGGCGACUUCGUCGCGCUCCUCUGCGCCGCGAACUACACGAAGGCCCAGGUCAUGGCGAUCACGAGCAACGCGAACGUGUCCGUGUCGCCGGGGACGCUGGAGUUCAGUGCGCUGGGGCAGACGGCGACGUUCCAGGUGGGAAUCGAGCUCACUGCGCCUACCGGCGGCGAGCCGACUUUCGGGGACAUAGUUUGGGCCGACGCUAGCGGCAAGUACAGAGUGAGGACUCCCUACGUCGUGCUUUCUGGUCUCCCGUAUCCGUCGUAGUCCUUUUUCUUUCGGCUCCAUAUAAGACCGUACA